AUGCGCAACUGGGUUGGGCCCUGGAGUCUGUCCUCGGACACGUCGUGCUACCGCGAGGCCCACAUGAUGGACACUUGUCCAAGCAACUUCGACCGAAAUGAACUCACGAACACGUGCCCUAUGGAGUUCCCCGUGGAGUGCGGCAUGGAAUGCAUCCGACAGAACAGCGACUGUGGACUGGAAGUGGCCAGCAAGGUCUCGGCGCUGGCCAUGGCGAUCUUCGGCACUGCCACCUUGGGCGUGGUCGGUGAGCUGGUGAAGCUGGGCAAGAAGUUGACGUGGGCCGUCAAGUGCACGAACCAGUUGCUGCUGGUGAUGAGAGGUAUUAUUCGGUACGUCCGCAACGUCAAGACGGAAGACCCGCAGACGACGCAGCAGAAGCUCCUGCUCAUGCGGUACCAGACGAACAACGUGGUCACCGACCUGCCCAUGGCCAUCUACGCGUGUAAGGGGAAGGAGAUCCCUUCCAAGCUGCGGCUCUCGCAGAUCGUGCUGGCCACGUCGCAGUGGAUGCUGCUCCAGGCGCUCACCUACGACGACGACAUCAUCUCCAGUUGGUCGAGGUUCAAGGCCUUUCUUAAAGGAGCCAACUUCACGGAGGCAGCAGAGGAGAUCACGGAGGGGGAGAUCGAUUCACUCAAGACGGCCAUGAAGCAGAACUCGAGUUGCGGUGGCGACUUGAAGUCGCUCACUGACCGCGUCUGGCUGACGGUGAACGAGUACAGGCAAGAUAAUCCGGGCAUCACCGACGACGAGCUGCGGCUGAAGAUCAGCGAGUCCGACCUCGUGCUGUAUGACGUCCCCACUGUGACCAACAACUGCAUGAGGCAAAUGAUCUCCGAGUCCAGCAAAGAGACCGCCAACAAGACGAGGGAAACCCUGCGCAAGACGUUCGGAGUCAUCAUCAGCGACCUCAUCAAGUCCGGCAAGAGCGAAAACUGCACGUCGCUGGACGAGAAGAUGGCCGCGUACAAGUAG